UUGAAGAGCGCGGGUGUAGUGUGGUGUAGAGCGCUUGCGCUGGAGUGAGGGUGAGGGGACGGAAGGGCAUUUGAAGGAGAGAGUCUUCAAUAUAGCAGCAGUCGAGGCUUGUCUAUCUCACAGCGUCGCCAGACCCCACAACCACCACACCAGGUCCACCAUGACUACCUACUUCAGCUACCCCGAUCAAGCACUCCAGGAUGAGCUGCGCAGGAUAGCCAAUGCCAUCACUGCUAAGGGCAAAGGCAUUCUUGCAGCUGAUGAAUCUGUUUCCACCAUGGGCAAACGCUUGGCUGACAUUGGAGUAGAGAAUACUGAUGAGAAUCGUCGCAAGUAUCGUCAGCUUCUCUUUACUACUGACAAGUCCAUUUCCGAAUAUAUUUCUGGUGUGAUCCUUUUCCAUGAGACCUUGUACCAGAAAGCUGAUGAUGGAACCCCCUUCAUCAAUCUCAUCAAGGAGAGGGGUAUCAUUGCUGGCAUUAAGGUGGACAAAGGUGUGGUGCCACUGAUGGGGUCUGAGGGAGAAAGCACCACUCAGGGCCUGGAUGAUCUCUCUCAGCGCUGUGCUCAGUACAAGAAAGAUGGUUGUGAUUUUGCCAAGUGGCGUUGUGUUCUUAAGAUUGGCAAGAACACCCCCAGCUACCAGGGCAUGCUUGAAAAUGCUAAUGUUCUAGCUCGCUAUGCAUCCAUUUGCCAGAUGAAUGGCCUCGUUCCUAUUGUUGAACCUGAGGUUCUCCCUGAUGGUGAGCAUGACUUAGACCGUGCACAGAAGGUGACAGAGACUGUCCUUGCCUUCGUCUACAAGGCACUUAAUGACCACCAUGUUUUCCUUGAGGGUACCUUGCUGAAGCCCAACAUGGUCACUGCUGGACAGUCCUGCCCUAAAAAGUACACCCCAGAAGAGGUUGCCAAGGCAACAGUGGUUACCCUUUCACGAACCAUGCCUGCUGCUGUUCCUGGAGUAACAUUCCUUUCUGGCGGCCAGUCAGAAGAAGAGGCCUCAGUUCAUCUUGAUGCUAUCAAUAAGUGUGUGGAAGCAAAGAAACCUUGGGCCCUUACCUUCAGCUAUGGCCGUGCUCUCCAGGCAUCUGUACUUAGAGCAUGGGGUGGCAAGGAUGAGAGUGUUAAGGGUGGACAGGACGAGUUGCUGAAGCGUGCCAAGGCUAACAGUGAAGCAGCACAGGGUAUCUACCAAUGGGGCACAUGCAAGGGCUAUGCAGCUGACACUGGACUCUUCAUCAAGGACCAUGCCUAUUAAUUAAGUCACUACGAAAGAAUCAUGAAAAGUUUUGUUGCUUCAAUCUAUUUUACUGGGUUAUGUAAAAUUAUUUAUUAGCUUUAUCAUGAUAACAAAAUGUUGUAAAGGAGAGAAAUUUCACCAUCAAACAAUUAAUGUUGAGGCAUCACCUGUAAUACAGAAUCUUACAUAAAUUUUGAUUGUGAUGCUGUUAUUGUACCUGUCUAUUAAAUGCUGUUUGUAAAACUUUGAGUUUAAAUAUUCAUACCAAGUCAGAAUGAAAUACCUGUAUGCAUUUUAUAAGUAGGAUUGAAAUUACUUGCUUCUGCUAACAUCUCCAGUAAGAAAGCAGUCACUAUACUGUAAUGAAAUUUAGGAGGAUAGCACGGAGGAAAAGUUGAAGUACUGUACUAUAUUAGUUUUCUCCAUUCCAGAAUCUCGCAAGACCUAACAUAAAAAUAUCUUUGUUUUCAUUUGUUAACCAAUCCAAGGAAGAGUAGCUGAAUUUGAAGAUUAUCUGAUCCUGUAAAAGAGAUACAGUUUCCCCUCACUUACCGACGUACUCGGUUACCGACAAUUUGGAGUUACGACAGGCUCUCAGACGAGUCUGUGUUGUAUACUGUACGAGAACUUGGGUCAUGAACAGGCAGCACAGCAUCUCAAUCUCCUUCCUACAGCCACUUGGUACACUAGCUUUCACAGUCUCCAAGACUACAUAUUUGUACAAGUUUGUACUUUAUUGUGCACCCCAUAGUAGAAGAUAGAAGUGCAGAAGCACUUGAAAGAGGAAAAACAACAGGAAAAUGGAAGAAGUACAAAAGAAGUUCACAGUAAAGGGGUUAGCUGGUGUUUGUCUGUGUUUACAUUCACGGUGUAUCGUGGCAUCUUAAGAAAUGAUUAAACUAAGUGAACAAGGUAUGUCAAUGUUAAUAAUAAUAGUAAUCGCUCUGGAGUGCUGUAAACGUUGGCUACCAAACGUAUAUGAAAUACGUAUGACAUUGAAGGUGCUCCAGAGCGAUUAUUUAUUAUUAUUAUUGUAAAUUAUUAUUAUUACCAUCGACAUACCUUGUUCACUGAGUUUAACCUUUUCUUAAUGACUCAGAAAAAAAAAUUGGAAAAAUCCUGCUAUUUUGCAUUUUCUCUUGUGAUAAGAGUGAUCUAAGAGUGUCUGCCCUGAUGUAAACACGUUUUCAUUCAUUAUAGACCAGAGGUGCUGUAUAGCCCUUGUGGCUUAGCGCUUCUUUUUGAUUAUAAUAAUAAUAGACCAGAGGUACAGACAAGAAAACGUAUCUAUCUUAUGAUCUUAUCCCAUUGCGGCAACCUCUGCUGCCUACCCCAUUCACAUAAUAUGGCAUAUAUUAUGCAUUUCAAUGUCUAUUACAGUUCUAGGGUAUUUAUUGUGUUUCUGAUAACAGUUUGGAAUAAUUGUGACAGAUCACCUUUAUUACUUAUAUCAGCGUAAUUACACAUUUUAUUACUGCCACGGCUGGUAUCCAACACCCAUGACGACUCGCCAGAUACUGAAUGCUCCUGCUGGACUCUCCCUUUCUCCUAUAGCUCUUCCCACUUCGUAACGAUGUUAGAUGGUGAAUUUUAUGUAUUAGAAAAAUUUAAAAAAAUUGAAAAAAUUCUGAAAAUUCACUACAUGUUCAGAUGUACAGUGGUACCUCGAGUUACGAACUUAAUUUGUUCCAGAAGGCUGUUUGAGUGCUGAUACUGAACGAAUUUGUUCCCAUAAGGAAUAAUGUAAAUUAGAUUAGUCCAUUUCAGACCCCCAAAAAUACACUUACAAAACUGUUCGAGCUGGGAGCUGUUCGAAACUCGAGGUACCACUGUAUAUUACUCCCCGCGUCAUAAAAAUAAUUUUUGUAAAAUGACUAAUUCUUUAGAAACAUGGUACAAAGAUGAUACUUAUACCAAAAUGUUGCCAGGUUCUUAAGCUAUUUUUCUGUAAGCUUAUGCAAAUUAUAGUUAUCAAGUUGGAGUUUCAUUUUAAUAUAUUUUUUCUUUCUAAUAUACGUAUUUAAUACACCACUUGGCAUCAUUACAAAGUGGGCGGAGCUAUAGCAGAGAGAGAGAGAAAAAGAGAAGCGAGCAGUGUCUCAGUAACUCAUGAUUGACCAUGAUGCAUGGAGGGGUGUGUCUCUCGGCACUAUAAAACAUUGUAUAAUUGUACAAUUACUAUUAAUAAAGGUUAUCUACCUAUCAUAUUUAUUCCAGAAUAAUAUUAGGUAUAGCAUACAUAAUGCAGAAGCAUGAUAAAGAAACACAAAUUAAUAAACACUGACAUUAUAUGGAGACGUAUUAGGGGGUGGGCAGAGCUAUACAAGAGGGAGAAGGUGCGAUCAGUGUGACGCACAGAGAGGUAUGUCUCUCGGCACUAUAAAAUAUUGUAUAAUUAUACUAAUUACUAUCAAUAAAGGUUGUCUACCAAUCAUAUUUAUUCCAGAAUAAUAUUAGGUAUAACAUAAAUAAUGUAGAAACAUGGAAAGGUAUUGAAGGAUGGGCAGGGAGGGAUACAAAAACAAGUGACCGUGACCAUUACAUAAAAUGUUAUGCGCUAUGCACUGAAGGGUAACUAUAGAUCAAUCACAUCCUAUGCAAAGACUGAAAAAAGUGUGAUUUUUCUCAAAUUUUUUUUUUCCCCAAGUAAUCAGCUAUGCGAACAUUUCCAAGAAUAGUACCUCGGAAGUAUGUUAUUGACCUAUUUCAUGUUGUAUUACUGUUAAUAAUGAAUGGAUUAAAAGGAUUUUCACAACAAACAUAAAACUGAAUGUUUUAAUUUUGGGUUUUGACAUUUUUGAAGUAUCAGUAAAGGGUGAUUUCUCGAUUAGCGACGAAUUCAUUUACCGACGUGGUCUUAGGAAUGGAACUCCGUUGGUAAGUGAGGAGAGGCAGUAAAAUAUACAGUAACCUAUGUUAAAAAUAAUUAAAGCUUAUCAGGUUGCUGCUUCUUUAAUGCAUUUUUUUAAGUGACAUUUAGAAGUUUAAGUUGGAAGAAAUGCUAUACCUAUAAGGAGGAUGAAAUGAAAAUGGAAUGCAAAGGAAGAAAUUACAUGAAACAUGAGUGACAUUAGAUAAUGGAUAAUAAAUAAGUUAUAAGACCCAAAAAAAAUUAGAAUUUUAAGCCCUGCAAAUGGAAACAAAGGUAGACAGUAAUUUUUAAGCUAUAUAUAUAUAUAUACAUAUAUACUUUAGAUGACUUACGAGCCAGUUUGCAUCUUAUGUGUAUUAGCUUCUGUGAAUUUAAUAAAAGGCUCACUGAUAACUUAAAAUAUUAGAGUACAGUAAACCCAUCAGCAUACUGGAGACAUACCUCUAUAAAUAUAUUAAUUAUAUUUUUACCUUUGAUCUUUGAGCCUUUUAUAUAUAGUCCCUUGCAAUAAAACUACAGCACUGAAAAUUUUAAUUGUACAUUGUCCACUGUAUUCAUAUAUAGUGCAGUGUUACAAGUACAGUAUUGCUAAGGGCAGUUGGAAGAAGCAGGUAAAAGACAGACAUCAGAUGUUGCUCCAUGUUAUGGAACAAGCAUCUGCACAAGCGGCAAGUGAUGUGUACAUUUGUAUAUUGGUCUGGAAUGUGUAUAUUGUUAAUUGUCAUAUUUUUAUAUGUGAACCCUUUGCUAAUAAAAUAUUCAGCUGUUAAGUAAUAUUUAAUAGAAAACUAAAGCAUUUGUAAUCAAGGAUGACAGUUAACAGGAUUGUAUUGUGUAGUUUUUGGUUAAAAUAAGGGUUAACAGAUUAAGUUUUAUAUAAUAUUCCACUAAUUAUUAAGUCUCAAAACAGUAUCUAGGCAGUAUUGAAUACAGUUCAGUAUUAAAUGUAAAACUUUCUUACUGUGAUUCUUUGCAUUUUUAGCCAGGCUCAGCCAAAUAUUUUCUCAAAUUAGAUAAACAUUUGAAAUAGCUGACUGUAACUAAAUAUUGUGACUAACAUUGGGGGUUAUUAAAGGCCACCACAACUUACAAGCCCUGGUACUGUAUCUGAAGAAAAUAUUGCAUAUAUCUAUCUGGGAAGGAAAUAUUACAAAUAUCUGAGUGGAAAAAGAAAAGGGAGCAAUCGUUUCAAAGAAGUUCAAGUGUACCCAGGCAGAGUGAGGUACCUAUACCCUACCUGACUCUCUAACUGGAUUUUCUCUAAUUAUGUACAGUAGUGUACUAAGCACAGAAAAAAAGUGGGUGUUUGGCACCCUAACCAAUAUACCACUCCAGGAAGGUAUAAGGAGAGCAAGCAUUCCAUGAAAUAAAUAGGCCUAAUUUGCUACUGAUGCUCAAGGCAGAGAGAAAUGUCCACUCACACCAAGGUUGAUGCAGAAGUUCAUACCAGCCAGUUAUAUUUUAAGGGUAGCACUUAUCUACCAAGCUAAAAACCUUUGGGUACAUACAAUUACUUUAGUUAAAGGGAAUUCAAAUCAAGUAAAUAAAAAGCUACAUUUGCAUAGCCAGAGAUACAACAAAUAAAUUAAGUCAAACCACACUUACUGAAUGUAAGUUAAUACCAUUUUGUACCAUAUUGUUUCAUGAAACAAGAGCUUUUCAGAAAAUUGCAAUUUUUAUAAAAGACAAUUUAAUAACAUGUUUGGUUGCAUAAAAGUCAUGUUAUAACUAGAUUUUACCAAAAAAAUAGAUUGAAUAUUUUUUAGCAAAUGGUUCUCUUGUCAUUUUAAUUUAUGAGAAUGAACGAAUGAAGAAGAGGUCAAUUAUGAAUGCAAGAAUUAAAUUAAUAAAAUACAUAACUUUUUUGUUGUUUUAGUCCAAUAUAUAUAGUGUAACUUGUAAAUAACAUUUUCUUCACAAAAUUUAUUUCCUCAAAACAAUGUGAACAAACCUCAGAUAGUCACUGUUGUACGAAGAACAUUAAUAUUUAUUCUUUACUGUCUAAUAUUGUUUGAUUAUUGUAAUAUCACGUCUUAAUUUUAAAUAUUAGGAUUACCAUCUAUAUAAUAUUUUGUUUCCUACUAUUUGUGCAUAUCUUUUCCUCAUUGCUUCAAUUAUUUUUUUUAUAUUAUAUGCUUCCUAUGCAGGAUAUACUUCACUUAUCAGGCAGUUAAAUCAACAUGUGGAAUUUUCUAGUAAAUAUUUCAAUUGUUCCUUCAGAAGUGUUUAACACUUACAGGUAACUGAAAUGUACAAGAGAUUACACAUUGCCCAGAGGGAACAGGUUACAUAUUUAUGUAUGUUAUGAGGUGAAUGUACUGUGCAUUCAUCACAUAAUGAACUGCAAGUUUUAUGUACAAGGAAAUGUCUGCUGGAAUGGGGCACUGUUGUUAGAGGCAAGUUAUAAAAGGUAAGGAGAAUGUAUAUAUAAAAUUUUGUCAGUGCUCUGACAACAAUGUGGUUAAGAAGAAUGUACAGGAAACUAUGAAUAUAACUACAGUAAUUAAA